AUGGAUCCGGAAUUGAAGCGGGCUGCUGAGGAAGGAAACAUUGAGCUCUUGUACUAUUCGAUACAAAAGCAUGCAAAAGUCCUAGACGACAUCAAUGAGAUUUCAUUUGUUGACACUCCUUUACACGCUGCUGCAUCUGCUGGACAGACCCGGUUUGCCAUGGAGAUCGCCAUGUUAAAGCCAUCCUUUGCUACGAAGCUCAAUCAAGAUGGGUUCACCCCCAUGCACCUUGCUUUGCAAUAUGACCACACCGACCUUGUGUUCCGGCUAAUUGAUGCUGAUAAGGACCUUGUCCGUGUCCAAGGAAAGGGCGGUGCGACUCCUUUGCAUUAUGUAGCACAAACUGGAAACCUCCAUCUUCUGCAUGCAUUUCUACAAGUUUGCCCCAAAUCCCUUGAAGUUGUAACAACUCAAAGGGAGACUGCCUUGCAUAUUGCACUAAAACACAACAGGUUCGAUGCUUUUGAAUACAUGGUGGGAUGGCUUCGACGUGCUUGGUUUAGACAUGCCGACUCGUGGGAAAGGAAGUUACUGAAUUGGGGGGAUGACGAAGGCAACACUUUAUUGCACAUUGCGGUAUCAAGAAAUCUACCCCAGGUUGUGAAGUGCUUAGUCAAUUGUGCAUCAGUUGAAAAAAACAUCAAGAACUCAGAGGGUUAUACGGCUCUAGACAUCUUGCAACAUCAAAUGAUGUUACAAGUUGACUACAAAGAGAUCAAGGACUUGCUAUGUCGUGCCGGAGCUUCAAGUGCGUUGUCUCUUCCUGAUGAAGUUCCAUCUCUGACAGAUUAUUUUAGAUCCCCUAUCUCAAUUUAUGAAAGGUUCCACAUAUGCAAGUUUCGUCAGAGAACGAAAUUAACAAAUGAGGUACGCAAUCUGUUGUUGGUAGCUGCUACACUUGUAAUAGCAGUUGCGUACCAAGCAGCAGUCUGCCCUCCAGGAGGAGUUUGGCAAGAAAACUUCAAUCCUGGAAUCGAUCAGUUCAAUACAAGAAGCACGAUCAAUGCUAAUAAAGACCACAAUGAAGUGAGCCAACCACCACACCAUGCAGGAACGGUAGUCAUGAGCACUGCAAACUCAUUUUUGUUCUUCAUUUCAAACAGCCUUAUGUUUUAUAUAACAGGCAUGACAAUGAUCUUCCUUCUCCCUUCUGGGUUUACUCGCAUUUUGUUCCACAUACCCCUUGCAUUCCUUGUUUUGUGCUAUAAUAUUUCAAUAUUUACCAUUUUCCCGAAUGCUAGGAUCCCAAAUCUUGUACUUCUUCUGUUUUGUGGAUCCCUUCAGUUUUGGUCCAUCAUCCCUACAAUUAUAACUGUGUCAGCGAAUAGGACGACUGAGAGGCUCAGAAGACUGAGAUGGAAUUUUCUUCCAAUAACUGAAAUGCUCGACCCAAGUUAUUCAUGGUUUGGUUGGUAA